GCUACAAAGGGGACCUCUGGCAGCGCCCACAAGAGUUGCAUUUACAAAUAUAUUUAGGAUGAUGAGAAGAAUACAAAGAUCCACUGGCUACGGUGGCAUUAUCCCUGGACUCCUGGAGUGAUUCAACAUAAAGUGGGCAUGUGUAUUCUACCGUGUUGCAUGAUUAUCGAAAAGUACCGUCUAGUUAUGCCUUCAACUACUCAGUCUCCAGUAGCGGCACGCCUAGUAGAUCUAGCACGGAGUUAUUGGUGCAUUGUACGUUCUGUCGGACUCGGCCUGUCCACCUCGCUUGUCUUGUGCUUACAUGCAUUUAGCCUAGCGUUUUAUACAAAGGGCAGUCAUGCAGGCAGGAUUCAUAAGACAUUUUCCAGGAAUACGGUACAACUAUUACAAUCUACUAGGUGGAUGUCGAACUUGAACGAACGCGGAAUCCCUGAUCCAUUGGCUUGCAUUCCGCUCCAAAGGCGCACAUCCAAUUUCCUGUCCAAGUCCCUAACAAUGAUGCUACAAAUUUAUAUAUAACUGUGGUGGAGACUCGACUUGGGCCAAGCCUCAAGACCUGCAUUACACAUGCCUUAAUAGGAUUACAUCCCAACCGUUC